CUCCUGAUAACUUAAGCGCAGGCCAGAGUCAUGAUAAUUACGGAAGCCAGCCGGUAGGCGCUAUUGUAGUCCUCCAGUUGCUUGCCCGGACUUUGGUCAACUGGCCAAUCAUGUUGCAAUUUGUUUUGCGCAAAUAAUUUGAGUUAAUUGCAGCAAGGAACGGUGCGCGCAAGUCGUGCUUGCCAGGGGCAGACCUGUGCUCAUUCACCAGGCAGCAUGGCCGAAAGCGGCAAGCGCCAGGCAGAGCGGCAGCCAAUGACGGCAGACUUGUGGGACCGAAGAUAUUCAAAGCAAGGUUUUGCAUACGGCACGGACCCCAACACGUUCCUUCUGGAGAACAUUAGCUUGCUACCAACGAGCGGCAAGACCUUAUUGCUAGGCGAAGGGGAGGGGCGCAAUGCUGUGUAUUUGGCCAGUCGGGGUCUUUCGGUGACCGCCAUUGACAUCUCCAAAGUCGGGCUCUCCAAGGCACGCCGACUGGCUGAAGAGCGAGGUGUCAAGAUAAAAACGGUGGCCGCAGACCUUGCAGAGUUCGACUUUGGCGUGGAAUGUUGGGAUCUCAUUGUGUCUAUAUUCUGCCAUUUGCCGUUUGCAGUGCGUGCAAAGAUACACCAAGCAACUGCCAACUCCCUCCGAGAUGGAGGAAUGCUCCUGAUAGAGGCCUUCUCCCCCAAACAGCUCAAAUACAACACAGGAGGACCUCCUGAUGAAGAGCGCCUCGUCACAGUAGAGCUGCUGCAGGAGGAUUUCAAGACCUUGGAGGUGCUUCUUUGCAGAGAAGUAGAGCGUCCUGUUGAAGAAGGGCGAUAUCACACUGGUCUGAGUUCUGUGGUGCAGUUUGUUGCUCGACGGCCUGCAAUCCAGGAACGGGGUGUGGUUGGCCACAGGGAGCGCUACCAGAUCCGUGUUCACCAGGCGAUCGCCCAGAGUCAGGACGAGGAUACAGGAAUGAGAGGUGUGAAGGAUCCUUUCCUUUCUGUCGCUGGACAUGCGCUGCACUACACGAUCCAGGCAAGCCGCGAGAUGGGGCAGUGCCCAUACUGCCAUAGUAAAGACUUGGGAGCAGAUCGGAGCAGGUGCUGUCGCGCUGACAUGUUGGCGGCUCCCAAGCAGGAAGACUGUGUUUGCAUGGAGACCGCACACCCAAAGGAACUGACCUGUGGCAAGCUACACUGGGCGCUGCUGUGCCAUCCGCUGGAGUUCAUGCGCUCGAGCAGCAGUGGGAAACUUGUGGCAAGUCUAUUAGGUGGAGAGUUCCUCGUUUUUGGUGUGCGUAGUCACCAAGAAGUGCUUGACACCAUCCUUGCCGACAGCAGCACUCAGCUUUUGCUUCCUGGUGAUGGCAGCAGGACCUUGAAGGAGUGGUUGGCGGAGCAAGUGGAAAUGCCCUUUUCAGGGCGUGGUAUUCCUGAUCUCACUUUGCUGGUGCUUGAUGGGUCUUGGGAUCAGGUCCAUGCUCUGCGGGCGGAGAUUGAAGUCAGAAGGCAUGCCAUGGGCAGACCACCUUUGUCUUGCAUCAGGUUGGAUGACAGUGUGCAACACUUUCGCUCACCCCUCAUUGACGCCCUGAAGCCUGGGGCUGGGCAAGGCCGUGUCUCUACCUUUGAAGCUUGUGCACUUUUCCUGCGAGAAGCCGAGGACGGUUUGGCAAUACCACCUGGAACCUGGAAGGAAGCUAUGCGAGGGCUAGAGCCGAUGCUUCGAGUGCUCCAAAGAUGCUUCGCGCUUCCGACAGAGAGCCAGGAGCGUGUACCAGACUUGGAGCUGCUCAUAGCGUGUCUGCAAGCAGUCGCUUGCGAUGCCCCUUUGCAAGAUGGGCUGCGACGCUGCUCAAUCUGCGGCGCAGCGUUUGCCACACCGCUCCGUAUGCGAGAUCAUCUCCGUGGUCGGCGCCAUUGCGCCGCUGUUGCUGUGCGGUUUGCCCGUGAUCGUGGUCUUGCAGGCCCGGUGGUCUGUGCCGGAAGUGAGGCCGCCCAGAUCUUCCAAGCCUAUAGCACAGUGCCACUGUCCCAAUGCCGUCCGGAACCACCUGAUGUGGCGCUCGUCCAACUGAAAAAAUCACGGGUUUCUGCGAAAGCCGCGCGAACUGAGAAAAAACAAUUUAUGAGUGCUUGCAGAGAUGAGACGUGUUUUUAUGUGCCCGCGUUUGGAGUGCGAACGACUGUUGGGCGCAGCUGCGUUGUCACGCCCAGUGGCAGGCACGAUAGGUUCGCCAGUUGCGCGAUCUCCUUUUGUUGCGGUUCAAGAUGCUAA